GAUUUACAUUUACAUUUCAUGAUUUACAUUUACAUUUCAGGAUUUACAUUUACAUUUCAUGAUCCUGUGUUGCAGUGCUUCAUGAAAUGUCAAACUGUCAAACUCGCCCAUCAAAGUUGGUAGGCGGAUCCUAACGCCUGAUUGGUUACCCUGCGCAUCAAGUCAAGGCAAAUCAAUUCCAGAUAAUGCAUUGACGCAGAGCGAGUGAACGCAUACGGUUUAAAUGUCUAAAAGCUGCCCGGAGCUGCUGCGAGAAGCCGCUAAUUUAAUAGAAGAGGCUCUGAGCAGAACUCCUCCGGCUCCGACGGCUCAGUCACAGCAGACACCUGCUGCUCCAUUACGUACACCCAUCCAAGACAGACCAUUACUGGACCAUUACUUCCACCAUUACUGGAAGAGGACGUCUGGUUACGGGAAACCCAUUUGAUACCUGUUCCACUGUUAAAUAGCGGCCCAAAUUGGUGGGCGCUAUCCUGCUGAGGUAGCAAGGCUCUUUGCGCCGUAUAACGGCGGAGCCAGAAGAAAUAUCACGAGACGACCAGCUCAAGUCCAAGUGAGUCGAAGAAGCUAUACACACACUGUGUGUUGUUUGGCUGACCACAAGGCGGAUAAAGUCCCAAGCGUACAGCUUAAAGCGGACCUUCAUACUUCAGGACUUGGAGAGCACAAAGUGACAUUUUCAGGGAAUGACAGCAAUCCCAUGGUCAUAACAAACAAGUUGAUGGAAGUAUUUCCGAAGCUCCAAGAAGGGGGAGGCUUCGAAUUUUUAAAAAUUGCAGGAUCUACACGGAGUCGAAAUCUGGCAUUGCUUCAGUGUCCCAGCACUGGAUACACGCUUGCCUAUCUAAAGGAUCCAGCUUCGAUGAUUGGACAGGCUACAAUCUUCAUUCGUCCGCUUCAACAGGAUCUACCCUUCGAUUGUGAGAGCUCAAGUUCUGCCUCUGGUCCAGUCAUCCCCUGCAUCACCUGUCAGAAGGAGGUUCCCUUUUCAGAGAUGAAGCUGCACAGAUUGAGCUGCAAUGGGACACCCAUGCAGGAAUCAGAGAAAGAACAAGAGGGAGGCCCAAGUGAUAGUGAGACCGUCAGUGACAGUGUUCCAGUGAGGCCUGGAACAUCAGCUGAAAGUGCAGAAGUGCCAGCAGUGAUGGUCAACGAGGAGCUGGAUAGUAAAGAAGCAGACAGCGAAUGGAAGCUUAUUGAAGAACCGUCUCAAGCUGCCAAAGUUUUCAAAGAGAAUCUGCUGAAGGAACAUGCAUCUGGGACACCACUUCGAAUGAAGAUGGAUUUAAGGGACUCUGAAGAGGACAGGGAACGGGAACUUCUCUUGUUCUAUAAACAGCAGCAAGAAUGGGCAUGUCCACUUCAUUGUACUCUUGUUGGUGAUGCUGCUGUCGGAGAGGGAGUGAUGAGGUACUUUCUGACAACGGUGAUAUCCAAACUCCAAUUUGGAUUCAGUCUAGAUCUUGGAGGAAUGGGCCGAACACUGCUGUUUGAGGGUGAACCUGACCAUCUUGUUCCAGCAGCAUCAGAGGCACUCAUUGAAAGCAAUCUCUUCCGGGUUGCAGGAAGGAUGUUGGCCCACAGCUUUCUGCAUGACGGUCCCCAUGUCACAGGAUUAAGUCCUGCUGUGAUUCAUGUACUGUUCAAUGGGGAUCCUGAAAUGGCAACUGUUGUUACAGAAGACUGUCCUGAUCUGCACAUCAGGAGUAUCAUAAAACUGCUUGAACAAGAAGAACUCACACCAGAACAGAAGGACACAGUUUCAGAUCUUUCCAUGUCUUGGGAUCUUCCAGCAGUCACCAAAACAAAUCGGAGAUGGCUACAUAACAAACUUCUACUCCAUGCAGUCAUUGGGAGGACCAUGCGCCAGAUCAAACAGUUGAGAAAGGGACUGAAAGAUGUGAUGGUAUGGCCCCUGCUGACAUCUAGGCCAGAUGUUGUCCCACUUAUUUUCCCCAAAAUGGCUGAAAUGCAGUUCACACCCCAGAUGCUCCUACAAAAAAUCACAUGGCCAGUUGAGGACAGUGAUGAUGAAGACUUUGACUUAGAGUCCACGUGCCGCGUCACUGGCUUUCUAAGGUUGUUCAUUGAAACAGCUUCAUCAGGUACCCUGGCCCAGCUGUUGACAUUCUGGGUUGGCUGGGAGAUGCUUCCUCCCAAACUGAGAGUGGAGAUUUCUGGGGGAACCCUUCCUACGUCCUCCACAUGCUUCGAAACACUAAAGCUGCCAGCUCAUUUCAAAACCUACAUGGAUUUUGAGGAAGCACUUGUCUCUGCCAUAAAUAGUGCACAGACUGGAUUUGGACUUGUUUAAUUUUUUCAGACAGAUGUCAUUGAAUGCACUGUUAAGUAGGUCAGGUCAAUUGACACAAGUUCAGUGUCUUUGAAAACUAAUAAACAAAUAAAACACUG